AUGUCACUGAUUCCGAGUUUCUUCAAUGGAGGAAGACGAAGGAGCAACGUUUUGGAUCCAUUCUCCCUUGAUGUUUGGGAUCCAUUCAAAGAUUUUCCACUAUCCAAUUCCUUUCCUGAUAAUAAUUCAGCAUUUGUGAGCACGCGUGUGGACUGGAAGGAGACUCCAGAAGCGCACGUGUUCAAGGCUGAUCUUCCUGGAAUGAAGAAGGAAGAAGUGAAGGUUGAGAUUGAAGAUGAUAGCGUUCUUCAGAUAAGUGGAGAGAGAAACAUUGAGAAGGAAGAUACGAAUGAUGAAUGGCAUCGCGUGGAGCGAAGUAGUGGAAAAUUCAUGAGAAGGUUCAGAUUACCGGAGAAUGCUAAAAUGGAUCAAGUUAAAGCAAACAUGGAGAAUGGCGUUCUCACUGUCACCGUUCCUAAACAAGAGGUCAAGAAACCUGAAAUCAAGACCAUUGAUAUCUCUGGCUAA